AAAGAGAGAGAAAAAAAAAGAAAAGUUUCCCCUUUUUCACUUAUAGUUCUCCCGAUGUAGCGACAGUUUGACGGUGAGGAGUGACAAAUACGGCCAAAGGGUUUGCCCCCUUUUUUUUUUUUAGCGAACACAAAGUUUGGACAUGAGAGCACUCAGCGGGUAGAAAAAGGCACUUGAAUCUUCGUCCGGCAUCAUGAAGCCACUGCUGCGCCUCAGCGUCUCUCUGUGGACUCUUCUGGUCUUCGGCGCUGUCUUCAAGAACUCCCAUUCAGAAUGUGUUGAUAGGGAAUGUGACAGCAAUGAAACGGAAACACUGACAACAACAACAACAACAGUCAGCCUUGUAUCCAGACCGAACUGCCAGUUAUCCAUUGGGGAUAAUAUCUCCGGAGAUGGUUCACUAACUGGUCUGAUUCCUGGAGCUGUCUAUCAAAUCAUCCUUAAUUGUUCAAACUGCUGUAAAAAGGUCACAAUGAAGCCCGAAGAAGUUAGAGAUCUCAUUGUGACUAAAAUCAGCACAUCCUCCGUGUCUGUGAACUGGACUGCACCAGAAGGAAACAGCUCUUUCUAUAGAGUACAGUGGACAGAUGGAAAUUUCAGUGACAAUGUAACAGUGUCUGAAACAUCUAUGACCAUUAGUAACCUGACUGCUGGUGUCCAGUAUAAAAUAACUGUAACUGCAGUGGCAGAUGACGGCCAAACUGAAGGACAGAGCGGCUCUGUUUCCCAAUACACCAAGCCUGAAGUAGUCUGGCACCUCAAUGUCUCUGAAAUCACAACGUCCUCUAUAUAUGUGACGUGGACCGAACCAAAUGGAGAGCGCUCCUUUUAUAGAGUACAGUGGACUAACGGAACAACUAACUGGAGGGUCAAUGUCACUGAAACAGAAAUAAAUGUCACUGAGCUGUCUGCUGGAGUGAAGUACAGUUUCACUGUCAUAGCAGUGGCUGGAGAUAAAACAGAAAGUGAAACGGCAGAGAUUUUUCAUUAUACAAGACCAGGUAUAAUUGGGAAUCCUAAUCCGUCCCAAAACACCUCCUCCAUCUCUCUGAUGUGGGCCUCACCUCCUGGUCAGGUGUUCAUGUACAGGUUGGAGUGGCACAGUGGUGGAGCAGUGAUGACUCUAUACACAGCUGAUACCUUUGCUGUGCUGUCAGAGCUGAUCCCUGGAACUAACUACACAGUAACAGUCACUGCCAUUGCUGGAGACAAUCAGACAGAAGGAGACCCUUUCUCAUUCACCUCAGUCACAAAGCCUGAAGUAGUCAGAACUCUCACUGUGACUAAAAUCAGCACAUCCUCUGUGUCUGUGAACUGGACUGCACCAGAGGGAAACAGCUCUUUCUAUAGAGUACAGUGGACAGAUGGAAAUUUCAGUGACAAUGUAACAGUGUCUGAAACAUCUAUGACCAUUAGUAACCUGACUGCUGGUGUCCAGUAUAAAAUAACUGUAACUGCAGUGGCAGAUGACGGCCAAACUGAAGGACAGAGCGGCUCUGUUUCCCAAUACACCAAGCCUGAAGUAGUCUGGCACCUCAAUGUCUCUGAAAUCACAACGUCCUCUAUAUAUGUGACGUGGACCGAACCAAAUGGAGAGCGCUCCUUUUAUAGAGUACAGUGGACUAACGGAACAACUAACUGGAGGGUCAAUGUCACUGAGACAGAAAUAAAUGUCACUGAGCUGUCUGCUGGAGUGAAGUACAGUUUCACUGUCAUAGCAGUGGCUGGAGAUAAAACAGAAAGUGAAACGGCAGAGAUUUUUCAUUAUACAAAACCUGAAGUAGUCUGGCACCUUAAUGUCUCUGAAAUCACAACGUCCUCUAUAUAUGUGACGUGGACCGAACCAAAUGGAGAGCGCUCCUUUUAUAGAGUACAGUGGACUAACGGAACAACUAACUGGAGGGUCAAUGUCACUGAAACAGAAAUAAAUGUCACUGAGCUGUCUGCUGGAGUGAAGUACAGUUUCACUGUCAUAGCAGUGGCUGGAGAUAAAACAGAAAGUGAAACGGCAGAGAUUUUUCAUUAUACAAGACCAGGUAUAAUUGGGAAUCUUAAUCCGUCCCAAAACACCUCCUCCAUCUCUCUGAUGUGGGCCUCACCUCCUGGUCAGGUGUUCAUGUACAGGUUGGAGUGGCACAGUGGUGGAGCAGUGAUGACUCUAUACACAGCUGAUACCUUUGCUGUGCUGUCAGAGCUGAUCCCUGGAACUAACUACACAGUAACAGUCACUGCCAUUGCUGGAGACAAUCAGACAGAAGGAGACCCUUUCUCAUUCACUUCAGUCACAAGGCCUGAAAAGCCUGAGGACAUUAUGAUUACAGCACGAGGAACUGACAGCCUGAGCAUCAGGUGGACUUUGCCUGAAGGGAGGGCUGAUCACUAUGUGAUAACCAUCUCAGAUAUAAGUCUGAUGAAUCUGAAUAGCACUACAACAACAGUGACCACAGCCCUCUUUACUGAUUUAUAUCCUGGGAGAGUCUUUGUUAUCACAGUGACCGCUGUAGCUGGGAACUUCACUAGUGGGUCUGACCAGUCUUUAUUUGCAACUUUUCCCACGCCUCCUGGUUCCAUCAUCAUCAGUCAGAGGAAAAACUCUUCGCUCCUUCUGAAGUGGGCGAUUCCUGUCUUGAUGGAGGGUGCUCCCAACAUCAGCUACCAUAUCACCUACCAGCCUGAGGGUGGCGAAGUACAACAUAAAAACUCCACAGUCAAUAGCACAGAGCUGUCCCUGCUUUCCUCCGGAACUUCCUACAACAUAACUAUAGAAACCGUUGGACCCCAAAAUUUAAGGAGCACGGCUGUCCAUAUUUCUGUUUUCACCCUGCCCAACCCUGUGUUGAACAUUGAAGCCAGCCCUGUUUCCACCACCAGGGUCAAAGUGGAAUGGUCAUACCCGCUGGGAGCCCAGCUUUAUUACAAAUAUUGUAUUAGAGUGUACAGCCUGACAGAAACACUUUUUAACACAACAGUCGACAAUAACAGCACUGAUGUACCUGGCCUGGAGCCAGGAACUAGAUAUAAUAUCAGUGUCAGGACAAUAGCAGCACCAGGAAGUGAAUCCACAGAGGAACAGACAUCCAGUUACACAAUGCCCAAAGCGGUGACCAACCUCACAGUGAGUGACGUGAGCACAACAGCCAUUCAGCUGACAUGGCUCAAGCAAAGUGAUUAUAAGACUUCCUACUCCUACCGGGUGAUGGCGUUCCUGAACAACAUAGAGCUUCAGAGUAAUCAAACAGAGACAGAGACUUACACCUUUUACCAUCUUUUACCUGGAGAUCUGUACACUUUUUAUGUGUUUACAGUCGUAGAAGGGGUCGAGUCCACGGCAGAAAACACAUCAAGUUACACAAGGCCUGAAGUAGUUUCUAACAUCACAGCCAUAGGACACACAACUGACAUGUCAGUGAGCUGGAGCCAACCAGUUGGGACGGUGGCCUCCCAUACUGUCCUGCUGUACAGAGACGGACAGUUGUGGCAAAACAGCAGCGAAGGGAACAGCAGUACUGUAAACUACGUAUUUCUGAACCUGAUACCAGGAUUGCUUUACUGUGUAGUGGUGGUCACCAAAAGUGGACCUUUUGAGAGUAACAGUUCAAGUGUUUGCAACGCAACUUUUCCCAACCCUCCUGGCCCCAUCAGCGUGGAGUCUCAGACUGUGGAUUCCAUCAACUUUACCUGGCCAUUUCCAGAGGGCAUGGACCGUAAUCAUUACAGCUUCCGUGUGUACACCGCUAAUGGCUCCUUUCUGCUUGAAAACAACUCGUUCCUGCUUGACAAUCUCCAGUCUGGAAGCCCCUACAGCAUCUCUGUUGUUACUGUGGGCGAGCGGAACUAUGAAAGCACAGCAAUGAUGGCACAAAACUACACCAGACCGCUUUCGGUAACCAAUCUGAGACAGGCCGAAAUCACCACAGAUGCAGUGACCUUGGUGUGGGAACAGCCGGAGAGCAAAUCUCACUACUCAUAUGUGGUGUCGGUUACCAAUGGCUCCUCUCUGGCUUCUGUAAUAGUUUUUAACACCACAAGUACAACCGCUAGACUUGAAUCUGGGAGCAACUACAGCUUCAUUGUCACAACACAGACAGCAGAUGGCACUCAGGCAGUUUCUGUGACAGUCUCCUACUUUACACGGCCUCAGAGUACUGGAUGGCUGAACGCUGAAACCUUAAACACAACCACUGUACGUCUGUUUUGGGGGAAACCACCGGGGUACAAGAAUGAAUAUACAUAUCGGGUUCAGUCUACAAGCUGUGGCUCCCAAAACAAAACCCUCGCAGGAGAAAGUGCAGAGAUCUCACAGCUCACCCCUGGGACCAACUGCACCUUCUGUGUUUUUGUCAGGGCAGCGGAUGGCAGCGAAGGGGAAGCAAAGUGCAUCUUUCAGUACACUAAGCCUGAGACGGUGCAACCCAGUAUCAACAGCCAGGGCUCAAAUAGUUCAAUCCUGGUGUCAUGGACCAAACCUCCUGGGAAAGUGGAAUAUUAUAAGGUUUAUCUUUAUAACGGAACGUUAUCAUCGCCUUUAAAGGAGCAAGUGCUGAACUCUACUAGUACCUCCUUUCUGUUUGAAAGCCUAUCUGCAGGGAGGCCUUACACUGCCAGGGUAAAAACAUGUAGUGGACCCUUCGAUGCAUUAUCUGGAGAAAUCACUAAUGCGACUUUCCCCAACCCUCCCGGUUUGAUUGAGGUCCUGACAAAGACAACCAGUUCCAUUGAAAUUAGGUGGAGAGAAGCUCCUCUGAUGACCGGUGUAUCAUUCGACUACAAACUGACUAACACACCAUCCCAGGGAGGUGGAUACAUCAUUACCAAAAACACCAGUCACACUUUUGACUCCUUGCUUUCUGGGACCUCCUACAACAUCUCCAUUGCAACAGUGGGUGCCCUGUGUUUUGAGAGUGAGAAGGUUCACAUCGACAUGGUUACUACCCGACCUUUGAGCGUGGGGUCUCUUGUGGCUCGUAUGACCGAAGAGGACAACAUCACAGUCACGUGGAAAAAACCUGCUGAUUACAAGGAAAGCUAUCGGUACAAUCUGACCUGGAAAAGCCAAUAUGGGCCCAUCAGUAUCAUAACAAAGGCAACUGAGUAUACUAUCUAUGACCUGGAUCCUGGCAGCAGCUAUGACUUUAGUGUCACCACGGAGACCGCUGAUGGAACACUGGGUGCUCCAACAUCAAAUUCUGGCUGCACAAAUGCAAGCCCAGUGAAAAACCUAACAUGUGAAGGUCCAAACAAACCAAACGCAGAAAUCACCCUGUACUGGGACAAACCCAGUGGCCACCACUCUGGUUUCCUGGUCAGUGUGAACGAAGGCAAGAUGAGAAACUUGACGAACACCUGGUGCAAUCAUACUGUGUUCAACCUUCGUCACCACACUAAAUACAGACUGACCGUGGAGACGCUGAGCUGUGGAAAGCCCAGCACUCCUGUGUCUCGUGACUGCUUGACAGGCAUUACAAAUCCACCCAUUCCACUCAACUAUGAGUCACUGUUGAUGGUGAGUGGGACGGAGUACAACAAGUUCUCCCUUGAGAUUGACAGCCAGCUGCUGAAUGACACCAAUGGGCGAGUCACACAUGUUGGGGUGCUGGUGACAAACAACCACCCUGUUCCUGCUCUUUCAGGUGACACUUCUGAUUUGAAAACCUACUUGGAGAAAACUUAUGAUCAGUGGAGGGCAAAGGAUACUCCAGUAUACAUGGCAACAGUCAGAGAGACCAACCUCCAGUCACGCAGUGGAGAAAACCAUUUGAGCAUAGAAGUAGGAAAUGAAUCCAAAUGGGAGGGCUACACCAACGGUGCUCUGGAUGCCAAUGGAAAAUAUCAGUAUGCCAUUGUGUUGUUCACCAGUCUUACUCUGCAAAAUGGCCUUGUGAAUGUUGAAGACUCACUGGUCUCAAUAACAAAGUUCUACCCUGCUGUUGAACUCCCACAAAACCCAGCUGUCAUUGGCUAUGCCGUCGGAGUAACACUGGGAAUUUUUUGCGUUCUCUUCGUCGUCCUCUUUGGCUUCAUUAUCUACUGGAAAAGGUUAUCCAACAAAGAAUCAUCAGACAUCCAGAUUCAUUCCAUGAGAGCCAAAGUAAGUGUGUCUGUGAGGGUGGAGGACUAUGAAGCUUACUACAAGAAGCAGAAAGCCGACUCCAACUGUGGCUUUGCUGAAGAGUUUGAGGACCUGAAACUUGUUGGUACAGGUCAGUCGAAAAUAAGUGCUCUGACUUUGGAGAACAAGCCCAAGAACCGCUACAACAAUGUCCUUCCCUAUGACUCUUCUAGGGUGAAACUCUCUAUUAUCCAUGGAAGUCCAUAUGAUGACUACAUCAAUGCUAACUACAUGCCGGGUUUCAACUCCAGGAAGGAAUUUAUUGCAGCUCAGGGUCCUUUGCCCACCACAGUCAGCGAGUUCUGGAGGAUGAUAUGGGAGAAGAAUGUACAGACCCUGGUCAUGCUGACACGCUGUAAUGAACAGGGACGCGUAAAAUGUGAGCAGUACUGGGGUUCUGGCACCAAGCACUUUGAAAACAUCACUGUGACAACAACCUCUGAAAUACCACUUGAAGACUGGACCAUCAGGGACUUUGACAUUAAAAAUGUGAAAACAGCAGAGACCCGCUCAGUGCGUCACUUCCACUUCACAGCCUGGCCGGAUCACGGGGUACCAGAAACCACCGAGCUCCUCAUCAGCUUCCGACAUCUGGUCAGAGAGCACAUGGACCAAUACUCCAGACACUCUCCUACUGUGGUCCACUGCAGUGCUGGUGUUGGGCGCACAGGUACCUUCAUAGCCAUUGAUCGUCUAAUCUUCCAGAUUGAAAGGGAAAACACUGUAGACGUGUACGGCAUCGUCCAUGAUCUGCGCAUGCACCGUCCCCUUAUGGUGCAGACAGAGGAUCAGUAUGUGUUCUUAAACCAGUGUGCCAUGGACAUCAUCAGGUCAAGAACUGGAACCAAUGUGGAUCUAAUCUACCAAAACACAGCUGCACUCUCUAUUUACGAGAACGUAGAACCCAAAAAAGGUUUUCGCAAAAACGGGUACCAAAAUGCAUAGACCAGAGAAACUGUUCAGGUCCUCUACUUCUCUCUUUACUCUUAGCAAGAAACUGAGCAGACAUUUGUAAAGGGAACAGAUAACAGAUUUAACAGAUUGUGCUGUAUUUAUUUUUUAUACAUGUCAUGCUCUUGUUAAGGACCUUGUAGCUUUCUGGAUUUAAACCUCUUUUUCUUGUAUUUAUUUGUUAAAAAUGUUGAAUGUUUGACAAUAGAGAAAAACUGUAUAUGGAGAUACAAUAGUGGACAUAAUCACUGACCAAAAAUAUCUGGAUUAUAUGUAAACGUCUGUCUUGGAUUCCUUCUUAUAAUUGCAUACUAUUAUAUUGAUCAGUUUGAUGCUUGCUUACUACUGUAUAUGACUUACUGAUGGUUACAUUUUUAGCUCAGGUAAUAUGUUGGAUGCUGUAUAGGUAUUAUUAGGGACAGUUAUGAUAAAAGAAAAACUUCUAAUCAAUUGAACCUUUAGAAUGGGUGCGUAAAAAAAUGCUGUUCUAAAUACUGUGUGCCUUUUAAAAACCUAUGUGCUUUAACACCAAUAGGUGGCACUGUUCUAUUUUUGUUUCAAUGCUUAAGAAAAAACUGUAGAUGACAAGCAGGGACUGUUGUGAUUAUACCUUGUUAUGGAGACCUUAAAAUGAAGUUUUUCAAUAUAUCAUAUUUUAUUGAAGUUUGUCAGAUUGUACAACCAAUUGUUUUUGCACCUCUUAAGCCAAUUUGAACUGUGCAAUGCCUUUUAAUGAAGGAGUCUCGUUGUUUGUUGUAGAGGUUAGAGAGUUUUUUGUAUUGUAUGCACUGUAGUGAAUAAUGCACUGGAUGCAUUUUGUGUCUUUCUACACUGUCCACUUUUUUAAACUAUGGGACGUUUUUUUUUUUUUUUAUCAGUAUCUGAUUAUAUUUUGGCCAGUACUUUGUGAAACUGUUCGUAACCUUUUGCUAUUCACCCCACAACCAAUUGUUACAGUCUUAUUUUGAUUAUUUUUGAAGAUUAAAGAGAUGGGUCACGUUAAAAAAAAAGCUCAGGAACUCAAACAAUGAAAAAUGAACAUUUUACUUGUGGGUGUGUUGUUAGAAAACCCAUACUACAUCACAGUGUACUUUGAAGAAUCUAGAGGUCACAUCCAGUUUUGUUUUGUUAAUGUCCUUCUUUUCUACAUUGUACAUUCCUCAUAGAAACAACAAUGUAUCACUUCCUGCUGCAUAUUUGGGCUAUCUUUGGACAUUUCCUGUGAUGUCAAAUUCACCAGAGGAGCACAAGCUUUAUUUUCAGUUUCUAAAGGGCAUAAUUUUCCAUGAGGCAGGUACGUUUAUUUCUAAAAAUAAUUGGUGUGUGUGGUUAGCCCUUAGAUAUUUUUAAGCCCAUGUUUUAUUUUUAUUGUAUUGCAAUGUUCUUAAAAUGAUUGAAAGCACUUGUGUUUUGAAUGAAAAACAAGAAAAGCACAUAGUCAUAAAGUUUUAGGAUGUUUUUGAAAUGCUUUAUGAGAUGCUUGCUGGUACAAUGCAAAAAUGUAGAAGGAGUAAGGUUUUAAUAUUUGUAUACUGUUCAGUCUGUCAAACAAAAUGGGAUUAAAGACGUUACUUCAUUUUUACCCCACAUAUGUUUAUGGUUGUGUAAUGUGUGGUUUGAAUCUGUGUGUGAGUGUGGCAUCAGUCUCCUCUUUACUUCAAUCCAGCAGCUGCAAUAUAAUUAGAGCUUUUUACUCUCAUCAUUUUUGCUCCAAGUUGAUGUCACUCAGACUA